CAGCCGCACCUUAUCAGCGCUCCGCAGGCCGGGCCGGGCCCGGGCGGCCGCGGGUUCCCGGCCGCCGGCCCAUGGGCGGCGGCGGCGGCUCGGAGGCGCCUCCUCCUCCUCCUCCUCCUCCUCCCGCCGCAGACCCGCGCGGCGGGGACCUGCGACCGCAGCAGCAGCUCGGGUGCCGCGCCGGCCGCAUGGCGGGCUACGCGCCGCGCCUGCCCUGGCUGCUGCCGCUGCUGCGCCGGGCGGCGCCGCCCCCCUGGGCUCGGGCGGCCGCGGGGCUCCGCGCCGCGCCGCUCCCGCCCGGCAGGUGCGGGGCGCACCCCCUGCCGCCGCUGCCGCCGCUGCCGCCGGGCUCCCCGUCCUGCCGCCGCCUCCUCCCCGCCGCGGCGGCGGCGGGCGGCGCCCCGCGCUCCCUGAGCUCCGCCGCGGGCUCGGAGCCGCCGCGCGGGGCUGCGGGCGCUCCGCCGCGCUUCGAGGCUCGCAGGCUGCUGGCCCUGGCGCACCCCGAGCGCCACAGACUGACAGCUGCUGUUGGCUUUCUGGCAGUUUCCAGUGUCAUUACCAUGUCAGCCCCUUUCUUUAUGGGGAAAGUUAUCGACAUCAUUUAUACAAAUCCCAGUGAGGAUUUCACUGACAGCCUGACCAGCCUGUGUGCCUUGCUGAGUGGAAUCUUUUUAUGUGGUGCUGCUGCUAAUGCUACUCGUGUCUACCUCAUGCAGACUGCAGGACAAAGAAUUGUGAAACGUUUGAGAGCAACCAUGUUCUCCUCUAUUGUGAAGCAAGAAACGGCUUUCUUUGACAAGACCAGAACAGGAGAGCUGAUAAACCGCUUAUCUUCAGAUACAGCCCUUUUGGGCCGCUCAGUGACUGAAAACCUUUCAGAUGGGCUCAGGGCAGGAGCACAGGCAUCUGUGGGGGUUGGAAUGAUGUUUUUUGUUUCCCCUAGCCUUGCUACAUUUGUUCUGAGCGUUGUGCCACCCUUGGCUGUCCUGGCUGUGAUUUAUGGCAGAUACUUGCGAAAGCUUACUAAAAUCACUCAAGAUUCUCUUGCAGAAGCAACACAGUUAGCUGAAGAGCGUAUCGGAAACAUCAGAACAGUUCGAGCUUUUGGGCAAGAAGUGGCUGAAAUGGAGAAGUAUACAAAUAAAGUUGAUUAUGUGCUACAGCUGGCUAAAAAAGAGGCACUAGCUCGGGCAGGCUUCUUUGGAGCUACUGGCCUUUCUGGGAACUUAAUUGUCCUCUCAGUGUUAUACAAAGGAGGAUUACUAAUGGGCAGUGCCUACAUGACAGUUGGUGAACUCUCAUCUUUCCUAAUGUAUGCUUUCUGGGUUGGCAUAAGCAUUGGAGGUCUAAGUUCCUUUUAUUCUGAGCUAAUGAAAGGACUUGGUGCUGGUGGACGUCUUUGGGAACUUAUUGAAAGGAAGCCCCAACUUCCAUUCAAUGAGGGAAUUACAUUAGGCAAAGACACGUUCAGAGGUGCUUUGGAAUUCAAAGAUGUUGAAUUUGCAUAUCCAACACGUCCAGAAUCAUCAAUUUUCAAAGAUUUCAGCCUUUCCAUUCCAGCUGGCUCUGUUAUGGCUCUCGUUGGCCCAAGUGGUACAGGGAAAUCAACGAUUGUAUCCCUUCUGCUGCGGCUGUAUGAUCCUAUCUCAGGUACUAUCACCGUUGAUGGCUUUGAUAUCCGUCAGUUAAAUCCACUGUGGUUGAGGACAAAGAUCGGAACAGUAAGUCAGGAACCAAUUCUCUUCUCCUGUUCUAUUGCUGAAAAUAUUGCCUAUGGUGCAGAGGAUCCUUCUACUGUGACUGCAGAGGAGAUUCAGAAAGUUGCUGAAAUAGCUAACGCUGCUAGUUUUAUCAGAGAUUUUCCAAAAGGAUUUGACACUGUCGUUGGAGAAAAAGGCGUUUUGCUUUCAGGUGGACAGAAGCAACGAAUUGCAAUUGCUCGAGCUCUGCUCAAGAAUCCUAAAAUUCUUCUGUUAGAUGAAGCAACAAGUGCUUUGGAUGCUGAAAAUGAGUAUCUAGUGCAAGAAGCUCUGGACCGGCUGAUGGAAGGGAGGACAGUCCUAAUUAUUGCUCAUCGUCUGUCAACUAUUCAAAAUGCUGAUUUCGUUGCAGUCCUUGGCCAGGGUAAAAUUCUUGAAUGUGGGAAACAUGAGGAACUACUUGCAAAUCCAAAUGGACUUUUCAGGAAACUAAUGCAGAAACAAGCUUUUCUUCAGAAUAGUGAUACUUUUGCAUUAGAUUUACCAUCCAGAGAAAAGAAUAUAUUAAAAGAAAAUGUAUGAGACGACAUAUGAAUAAUGGAAACUUAAAAACUACAAAGACUAUAACUUAUGUUUCAGUUAUGUAAAGUAAAUGUUAUAUUUUUUCAAAAUGUACAAAAUAUUCUUUUGAAACUUAAAUGUGUUUAAACUUUUUAUUGAAAGCUUUUUAAUAACUAUUGUAACUUUAAAAAAUAUCUGUCACACUGAGGUAAUUUCAGUGCAUAAAUUUUUCUGCUUGUGUUACUGUGAGACUGUCUAGAAUCUUGUUUGUUGUAAUGCAGUGUAUGAAGGUGUGCUCCAUUCUUAAGUAAGUUCAGUAUUUUAAAGGUAAUUAAAUGACAAUCUUAUUUUCAUAUCAUUGUCUUUAUCUCUCCAAGGAACUUUCGUGUUUUGUGCUUGUCAGUAGUCUUAAAAUGCUGGAAUUCAAAAAUGCAUGACACCAACACACUGAAAGUUCUGUCUGACUUUUACUGCACUGUCCUUCCAGUUCCCGUUUGUCCCGAAAUGUGAUUGUGUUCUGAACUUGACUGUGAUCCCCAUCUACAGUUCCUCUAGAGAAUUACACAUUUUAGAGAGUAUGAAAGCAUGAGUUGGAGGAAAGUUCUUUAAUGAAACAAACAACCCAACGGAAAAAAAGGCAACCAAACAAAAAAACUGACUUUACAUAAGGACAAAGGAAGUUUAUUACAUAUAAAGUCACAUAUGAAAAUCUAAAAUUUGCAUGUGUUUUCUUCCCUUUUCUAUUUUCCCAUUUCUUUAGUUUCAUUUCCUUUCUAAGAUGACAUCCCAAAGAAAGUGCCCUCCCAUGUAUGUUUUUGUUCUUUUUAAAGGCAUAUGUAAGUUUUGUAUUGUUAAUUAAAAUUUCAGUGGUAGAAAU